AUGAAUGAUACAAAUUGUCCAUUUGGUUUUGAAGUGAUAGAAGGGAUUACCAAUGCUACUGAACUUGACAAACUGAUAUGGCCUUGCGAACUGAGAGUAUUUUGGGUGGAAAUAUAUCCUUUUGUGACAUUGGUACGUGGUCUCCUGUCAUAUGGUACAGUCUUCAUUAUUGUAUUAGGCUUAAUGUUCAACCUUACCUCUUUAUUGGUAUUGACCAGGAAGCACAUGCGAAAGUCAACAAUGAAUCUAUAUCUCUCCGCUCUCGCAAUAUAUGAUUGCCUUGCUUUGACUAUGAACUUUAUGAUUGGAGUACUUCGAGGACAGAACAAACAUAUAAACAAAGAUUUCCAAGACCAUGAAGAUCUCUGCAAAUUCCAUGGCGUUAUAGUGGAGGUAUUUAAUUUACUAUCGAUAUGGAUUAUUGUAUCUUUUACAAUCGAAAGGUUUAUUAUGAUUAAAUUCCCACUCAAAGGAAAGCAACUGAUGACGCCAAGGCGCGCAGUGUUCGUGAUAAUUGGCGUAUCCCUAGGCGUUCUUGUCUUCUCAAUGCAUAAAAUUGCCGUUUCGGGCUUUGAGGGGGAUUCGGUAUUUGGAUAUGCAGCCUGCAAAACAAGAAGAGCUAUAUUUGUAGAGAUCAUUUAUUUCUACGUAGCUUUCAACACAUGGUUUCCAACUCUAACAAUAGUAACACUCAAUACAUUAAUUCUUCUGGAAAUACGGAAGAACAAAAAGAAAAGGGAGCAAAUGACGUCACAGUCAAUGUCAAAGUCUGACGAAAAAGCAACAAAACUUCUGUUACUUGUUUCAUCUGCAUAUGUUGUGCUGGUCCUACCUCUUGGAUUGAUACAAUCCACAGAACUUAUAUGGAAUAAUACACAGAAGGUUCUUCCAACAGACCCAGACUAUAUCUACUUCAUGUCGACAAAAAUAAGGUUAAAAUGGGCAAGAGCAUUUUUCUUCUUCUUUUACCAGCUGAAUUUUGCUGUCAACUUUUUCUUAUACGUAUCUUCUUCAUCUGCUACAAGAUUUCGGGCAACUCUGAAGAUGCUAUUAGGAAUAAAGGUUGAUGAACAGGAAAUGACAUGGAACAAUACAAUGAAAUCAAGAGCAACUAAAAUUAAUUCGGUUGCACCCGCACAAUCUGACGACGGACCUUCAAGCAGAGAUCUGCAUUCCAAAAAAACCGAAUUCAUUCCUGAAAGUGAAGCAUGAAACGAAAAAUUGUGAAUUAAAAGCAAGCGUUAUACUGACCUGAACAUGAAACUUGUAUUAGGGAAUAGUGUUCCUAUUUAAAUGUUGUCUUUAUUUCAUCUGGUAUUAUGUAAAUAGCUCAUCAUAGAUAAAUGAUAAUUAAGAGUAAAGUAGCUAUAAAAUGUAUUUUCUUAUCACUUCAUUGUACAUACUAGUAACUAUACCAAAAAAUCGACAA